GCCGAAUUAAAGGUUUUAGUUCGCCAUUGGCGGGCGGAGCACCUAGUCGCUGAUAUUACAUGAAAACGGGCAACAACAACAACCGCGCAACGGUCGGCGUACGUGCCACAAAACGCACACACACCUUUGCCACCACAAGACACCAAGCCGCCACACGCCGCCAAAUACCCAAAUCAUCACCUUGAGCCCUAGCAGACGACACACACACAUCACGUGUCUGACUCUGGCUGCAGUUUUGUAGCCCACGAUCACGCGCAGCUCUCUCCGAGAUCUCUCACCUUCACAGCCGACAUGUUCUCCAAGCAGCAGCUGCUCCGCCAGGUGGGCUACCUGACGUCAGCGGCCACAGCCACAGCCACAGCUACAGCCAAAGCUCCGCCAAAGCACUCUAGUCAAGCUAACUUCGGCAGCGCCAGCGCCAGCAGCAGUCACAGUUCACACUCUGUCGUGGACGGUCACAGUCACGGUGAUUCAGAGUCGGAGUCGGCGCACGUCGUUUGUUUCUCAGCACAGUCAGCCCAGCAGUUGGUAGGAAAACUACUGCAGCAGCGCAGCCAGGACAUCCAGCGCUUCAUUCACACGCAAUCAGCCACAGGACAGCGGGCCAAAGCCACGCAGCAGCAGCACCAACAGCAGCAGACCACCACCAAGUUCGCCAUGUCAUCGCUGGCGGCGGAGCCCCUGCAAGCCCACAAGCCGGACGAAAUCACGGCCAGUGGCGACAAGGAGGCGGAGACCCCCGGGCUGGGCGCCUCCUGCCACGACGUGGCCUCAGCAUCCGCCAGUGCCGGCAAGAAGCCCUGCUUCAACACCGGACUCGGGGAGAUCCUCCAGUUCAUGGAGCUCAUCGGCAACCUGAAGCACACCAAGCGCACUGGAUGGGUGCUGCGGGAUGUCAACGAUUGCGAAUCGAUUUCGGGUCACAUGUACCGGAUGAGCAUGCUGACCUUCCUGCUGGACGGCAGCGAGGGCCUCAACCAGAUCCGCUGCAUGGAGCUGGCGUUGGUGCACGAUCUGGCGGAGAGUCUGGUGGGCGACAUAACGCCCUUCUGCGGAGUGUCCAAGGACGAGAAGCGGGCCAUGGAGUUCAAGGCCAUGGAGGACAUAUGCAAGCUGAUCGAGCCGAGAGGCAAGCGCAUUAUGGAGCUAUUUGAGGAGUACGAGCAUGGACAGAGUGCCGAGAGCAAGUUCGUCAAGGAUCUGGAUCGUCUGGACAUGGUGAUGCAGGCCUUCGAGUACGAGAAGCGGGACAACUGCCUGCUGAAGCACCAGGAGUUCUUCGACUCCACGGAGGGCAAGUUCAACCAUCCGUUUGUGAAGAAGCUGGUGAACGAGAUCUACGAGCAGCGUGAUGUUCUCGCCAAGGCGAAGGGCGCCACGCCGCCGCCGGCCAUCGAAGUGCCCAAUAUGGAGAAGCCCUCAAAAGUGGCCAACGGCCACGAAAGCUCGAGUUGAGCGUAGUUCUAGAGACCCGUUUUAGGCUAGUGCACGAACACAUCCUCACAAACAAGAAGAAAAUAAGAAAACACCACGCUCUUAAUUUGUAAGCCAAUCCAACUAACAAACUAUUAAGCCUACCUCGACACGCUCAUAGCUAGUACUAACUUUUAUCACACUAAUUUAUUGCAAAACAUACGGAAAGAAGGUAACCGAUGGGGAGUAGCUACUAGCUAUCCAUUAUUCUAAACAAACACCUGUGGAACACACGUCUCCUUAGUUCAAUCUCCUCUAUGUUAAGCGUAAAGUUGUGGAACGAGUUUCGGGUCAAAUACCAGAUUGAUCCGAAGCGCAUUCAAUUGUACAUAACUAAACACAUUGUAGUUAAUUUUAAAGUGUAUGACGAACUAAUGUAAUUGUUGUCUUAGAGGAAUUUUAUUUAGCCAGCCGAACUAACACGAAAUCAAAGUGAAUGUCCAGACAAGAAUAUAAUCAAAGUACUUGAUUUUACCCUUCAGUGUAUGUUCUCACCCGCAGUACUCUACCCUUUUGAUCGGACAAUUGAUGUACCCAAGUCUAUGAUUAAUAUUAAAUUGUGAAUUAGGCAAUAUAAAGAUGCAGUCACGCUUCACAAGUGGCUAAAAGACAAA